GUGCGCCAGCAGCAGCGUCUCACCGCGCAACCGUGCCGUGCCGUGCCUCGCCGUCGCUGGAGCAGUUCGCUUCCUCCCCGUUCCCAUGGCUGGGGUGGCGUGCGCGCGUGCGCAGCCCGCGUGGGCUCUGGCGCUCGCGGCGGCGGGCCUCUUGGUGUCCGCGCGCGCCGCUGCGCGCUUCGUGCUGUGGCUGUACGCGGCGUUCCUCCGCCCCGCGAAGCCGCUGCGCCGCCGCUACGGCGCGUGGGCCGUCGUCACGGGCGCCACGGACGGCAUCGGCCGCGCGCUCGCCUUCCGCCUCGCCGCUGCGGGCCUCGGGCUCGUCCUCGUCGGUCGCAGCGCCGACAAGCUCGUCGCCGUCUCGGCCGACGUCAGGGCCAGGCACCCGGGGGCGCAGGUCCGCACCUUCGUCCUCGACUUCGCCGCCGAGGGCCUCGCCGCGAAGGUGGGCGCGCUUAAGGAGUUCCUUCGCGGGCUCGACGUCGGCGUGCUCGUGAACAACGCCGGCGCGUGCUACCCGUACGCGCGGUACUUCCACGAGGUGGACGAGGCGCUCGCGCGGAACCUGGUACGGCUCAACGUCGAGUCCCUCACACGGGUGACGCACGCUGUGCUUCCCGGCAUGGUUGAGCGCGGGCGGGGCGCCGUGGUGAACAUCGGCUCCGGCGCCUCCUGCAUCUUGCCGUCUGACCCGCUCUACACCGUCUACGCCGCCACCAAGGAGUACGUCGAUCAGUUCUCGAGGUGCCUCUACGUUGAGUACAGGAGCAAAGGCAUUGAUGUGCAAUGCCAGGUACCCAUGUACGUGGCGACGAAGAUGGCGUCUAUCAGGAACCCCACCUUCUUCGCGCCGUCGCCGGAGACCUACGCCCACGCAGCCGUGCGCUACAUCGGGUACGAGCCGCGGUGCACGCCGUACUGGCCGCACGCGCUGCUGUGGCUCUUCGUCUCCCUUUUGCCCGAGCCUGUCGUCGACAGGAUGCUGCUCAACAUGUUCCUGGGCGUGCGCGCCAAGGGGAUGGCCAAGGAGGCCAGGAAGAAGACGCGGUGACGGACGCGGCGGUCUCAGCUCGGCACUCUCGUCGUGUGGCUCCUGGCUUCGAGAGCUACAGCUGACGCUGGGCUGAGCUCUCUGCAUUGCAUGCUCGGUGUUUCUUCAGGCUAUUCCAUGUCAGAAACAACA